UAGGCAACCUAUGGCACACGUGCCAAAGGCGGCACACGAGCUGAUUUUCAGUGGCACUCACACUGCCUGGGUCCUGGCCACUGGUCCGGGGGGGCUCUGCAUUUUAAUUUAAUUUUAAAUGAAGCUUCUUAAACAUUUUAAAAACCUUAUUUACUUUACAUACAACAAUAGUUUAGUUAUAUAUUAUAGACUUAUAGAAAGAGACCUUCUAAAAACAUUAAAAUGUAUUACUGGCACGCGAAACCUUAAAUUAGAGUGAAUAAAUGAAGACUUGGCACAGCUCUUCUGAAAGGUUGCUGAUCCCUGGUCUACAGUAUAGUGGCAUUGCUAUGGCUCUGUGGCUAUGACAUCAUAACCCUGUAAUGUAAACGCAACUUAUGCUAACAGAACGGGUUUUUUCAUCGGUCAAGGAACACCACCUCUUCAAGUGAUGGUAGUUAUGUUGAUGGAUGCAUUCUUCUGUUGGCUUAGCUGAACCUGUGUGGGGGUUAGGUUGGCAUAGUUUCACACUCCUCAGAAAUGUGGCUAUGUCAACCUAAAAUUUUAAAUGUAGACCAAGCCAGACAAAGGGUGAGAGAAAGGAAAUAUUAUUCUCCCCAUUUUAUAAAUCAGAAGUACAGGGAGUCUAAUUGUCUUUCCCAACAUCACACAAGUUGUCUGUUGCAGAACUGGGCAUUGACUCAGACCUGAAUCUCAGUCUUGUGCCUUAAAUGUAAGUUCAUACAUCAGUUAUUUCAGGAAGUGUAGUUGCUUGUGGUAACUCCAAUCUGUUUCUGCUGUGAUGCACAAGAUAUUAACACUCUUGGCUGGCAUUGGUUCGGCAAGUGACAAGAUGUGACUUCUGCUUUUCUGCAAAAUUGUGUUCGCUUCAUAGCUAUUUCAUCCUCCACUUUGUUGGUCUGUUUUGCCCACCUAUUACAUCAGGGGUCCUAAUCCCAGACUGGGUUCUUGGUACUCCUGUGAAGCAAAUAAUGAUGAUAAUAACUGUUGUACGAGAGCCAAGGUGCAUACAUGUGACUGAUGUAUUAAAAAACAACAUGCAUUCAUUUCUACUGUUAGAGACUGAAGGUAUGCAACUCUACUGAGUCAUGUGCCUUUUCUAAAUCCUGUACCAAUUUGGACAAAUGAAGUAGCCUCUUUACAUUUAUUUCUGUUGACCUUACAGAAAAAGCCUGACAAGUCCUGAACCCAGUAGCGUAGCUAGUGGGGUACAGGAGAAGCAGCCACUUCCCCUCAGCACGCUUUCCAAAAGUGGCGUGCCUUAGUUAGGGGUUACCAUGGCGCCAACUCCGCUCUGAAGCUUGGCCUGCCAGCCGGUGCAGUACUCCUGCACACAAGGAAGGGGCUGGUCCCUGUGGUGGGGCAGGGUGGUGCUGGGCACAGGAAGCAGAAAGCGGCGGGGCUGGUUACUGGUACCGGGAGCAGCAUGGAGCGGCCAUGAGAGAUUUGAUUGUCGCCAAGGUGCAUAAUGGAGCCCUUAACCCUUUCAGAGCCACAGCCUUCCCCACAAAACAGCUUGCCCACACCACAAAAGACGUACCAUGUGCUGGUGGGUGUUACUGGAAGUGUGGCUGCCCUGAAGUUGCCUGUUCUUGUCUCAGAAUUGCUGGAGAUUCCUGGGCUGAAAGUGCGUGUGGUAACAACCGAGAGGGCAAAACAUUUCUACAACCCCCAGGAGAUUCCUGUAACCCUCUACAGUGACGCUGAGGAAUGGCAGCUGUGGAAAGGGCGUACGGACCCAGUCCUCCACAUCGACCUGAGGCGCUGGGCCGACCUGAUGCUAGUGGCUCCUCUUGAUGCGAAUACACUGGCAAAAAUAGCAAAUGGCAUCUGUGACAACUUACUGACCUGUGUCAUCCGCGCGUGGGAUAUGACUAAACCCCUGCUGUUCUGUCCUGCUAUGAAUACAGCCAUGUGGGAGCAUCCUAUUACAGCUCAGCAGGUGGAGCAACUAAAGGACUUUGGCUACACAGAGAUCCCUUGUGUGGUGAAGAGGCUGGUGUGUGGGGAUGAAGACACCAUACCAUGGCAGGCAUGGAACCCGCUCAGCUCAGCUAACUGUCACCACUGCUGUUGUGUCCAGAGUGCUGCUAGCAGCAGACGGUGCAGUAGGUCUGCAAAUCAUCGUCAUCCACCGCUUCUGCUGCAACUCUGCUCUCCUGCUGUUGUAAAUGAGCCCAGUCUCAAUUGAGUAAAUAAUAACUGAGCUUAAUAGAGUAAAUGAGCUCAGUCAUCCACUGCUUCUGCUGCAACUCUACUCUCCUGGUGCCAUGAAUCCACCUCACAGGUCCUCUCGUCGUUCGGUAUAAACAUCUAUUCUGUGGCACGCAUCAUCAUCCACUGCUUCAGCUGCAACUCUGCUCUCCUGCAGACGCCAUACCAUGGCAAGCAUGGAGCCCACUCAGCUCACUACUGCUGUUGUGAGCAUUCUAAAGACGUCACACAUUAUCCUGAGUAUGUGCAGAACCAGAACCUGCAAAAGCAGGCAAGGAGGCGAUGACAGCGCAGUGAUGAGGACAUGGACACAGACUUCUCUCACCCUGGCAGUUUGGACAUCAAGGUGGUAAUGGGGCAGGUUCAUGCUGUGGAAUGCUGAUUCUGGGCCUGGGAAACAAGCACAGACUGGUGGGACUGCAUUGGGUUGCAGGUCUUGGAUGAUUCCCAGUGGCUGCGAAACUUUUGCAUGUGUAAGGGCACUUUCAUGGAACUUUGUGACUUGUUUUUCCCUGCCCUGAAGCGCAAUAAUACCAAGGUGAGAGCAGGCCUCACAGUUCACAAGCGAGUGGCGAUAGCCCCGUGGAAGCUUGCAACGCCAGACAGCUACCGGUCAGUCGGGAAUUAGUUUGGAGUGGGUAAAUCUACUGUGGGGGCUGCUGUGAUCCAAAUAGCCAAUGCGAUCACUGAGCUGCUGCUAUCAAGGGUAGUAACUCUGGGAAAUGUGCACGUCAUAGUGGAUAGCUUUGCUGUAAUGGGAUUCCCUAACUGUGGUGGAGCAAUAGAUGGAAUGCAUAUCCCUAUCUUGGGACCGGACGACUUUGGCAGCCAAGGGAUACUUUUCAAUGGUGCUGCCAUCACUGGUGGAUCACAAGGGAUGUUUCACCGAUAUCAGCAUGGGAUGGCCGGGAAAGGUACAUGACACUUGCAUCUUCAGGAACUCUGGUCUGUUUGAACAGCUACAGGAAGGGACUUACUUCCCAGACCAGAAAAUAACUGUUGGGGUUGUUGAAAUGCCUAUAGUUAUCCUUGAGGACCCAGCCUACCCCUUAAUGACAUGGCUCAUGAAGCCGUACACAGGCAGCCUGGACAGUAGUAGGGAGCUGUUCAACUAUAGGCUGAGCAAGUGCAGAAUGGUGGUAGAAUGUGCAUUUGGACAUUAAAAGCCUGCUGGCACAGUUUACUGACUCGGUUAGAGCUCAGUGAAACCAAUAUUCCAAUUGUUAUUGCCGCUUGCUGUGUGCUUCGCAAUCUCUGUGAGAGUAAGGGGGAGACGUUUAUGUCGGGGUGGAGGUUGAGGCAAAUUGCCUGGCCGCUGAUUACGUGCAGUCAGAUACCAAGGUGAUUAGAAGAGCACAGCAGAGCGUACUGCGCAUCAGAGAAGCUUUGAAAACCAGUUUCAUGACUGGCCAGGCUACAGUGUGACAGUCCUGUUUGAAAACCUGCCCCAUUGUUUCACUCUAUAACCCAUUGUUAUACUUCCUUCUAAGCCAACCGCCCUCCCUACUUUGAUCACCAUUUGCAGAGGCAAUAAAGUUAUUAUU